AUGAGUGGAAUAAUCAAGCAAACGAAUUUAGAACCUAAUCAGGAGAACACUAAACGUUUGAAAACUAACUUGAGUUUUUGGUCACCAUUGAAUGAUAAUUUCAAUGUCCCAGACAAAAAAUCCAUCUGUACUUGGCAUAAGAAUGCAGCUAGUAAAAACACACCACAUAGUAUUCAAGAAUGGAGAAGAACCUCAAAAACAUUGCCAAAUGUAUUGUCUGCAAUUGGAAAUACUCCCCUUAUCAAACUCAACAGAAUACCUCAGGCUGAAGGAUUGAAAUGUGAUAUGUAUGUCAAAUGUGAAUUCUUCAAUCCAGGAGGAUCAGUGAAAGACCGCAUAGCUCACAGAAUCAUAGAAGAUGCUGAGAAGCAAGGUUUACUCAAACCUGGAUACACCAUCAUUGAACCAACCUCUGGAAACACAGGAAUAGGUCUGGCAAUGGCAGCGGCAGUCAAAGGAUACAGAUGUGUGAUUGUGAUGUCUGAAAAAAUGUCCAAUGAAAAGGUAUCCGUUCUCACUGCUCUUGGGGCAGAAAUCAUUAGAACUCCUGUCACCGCCGAUUCUAACUCAGCAGAGGGCAUGUUUGGAGUCACCCAUAGACUGAAAAAGGAAAUCCCCAAUUCUGUUAUCUUGGAUCAGUACUCUAAUCCUGGAAACCCUUUAGCACAUUAUGAUACAACAGCUGAAGAAAUCUUUGAUCAAUGUGAUCAGAAGGUUGACAUGAUUGUUGUAGGUGCUGGCACUGGUGGAACGAUAUGCGGGAUUGGCAGGAAAUUCAAAGAAAUAUCUCCUGGCACGAAAAUAGUGGGUGCCGACCCCGAGGGGUCCAUUCUCGCCCUCCCCGAUAAAAUCAACGAGACCGACGUGACUUUUUACGAGGUUGAGGGUGUGGGAUACGACUUUCUGCCUACCGUUUUGGACAGAUCCGUGGUAGAUAUGUGGAUCAAAACGAACGAUGAAGAAUCUCUGCCUAUGGCCAGGAGGCUGAUCAAAGAGGAAGGCUUACUAGUUGGUUCAAGUAGUGGCGCUGCAUUAUCGGCAGCGAUAAAGGCGGCAAAAGACUUGAAGGCCGGUCAAAAAGUCGUUGUCAUCAUGCCUGAUAGUAUUAGGAAUUACAUAACGAAAUUCGUUUCUGAUCAGUGGAUGGAAGCCAGAAACUUGAUGCCUUGUGUUAAUACACAAAAUCAUUGGUGGUGGGAUAUUUGUGUCUCAGAAUUAGAAUUGGAACCUUUGCAGACCACCACUGUGAGUGUAAAUUGUGAAAGGGUACUGAAUGUCAUGAAAAAGGCAGGUAUUGAUCAAAUACCGGUUGUUGACAAUAAUGGGGGUAUGGUUGGUAUGUUGACUCUGCAGAAUUUAAUGAAUGGAUUGAUAUCUGGGAAAGUACAAUCAAAUGGCAAUUUUGAAAGAUGUAUUGUGAGAAUUUUUCCCAAAGUAUACACUACUGCUAACCUUGGAAUUGUAUCCAGAAUUUUGGAGAGAGAGUCGUAUGUUUUGAUUUUAGAAUCACAAGGUUCUGGAGUUUCUCGAAUAGACAAACCCAUUGGAAUAGUAACAGCCAUGGAUCUUCUUCCCUAUAUUCAGAAGAAAUGUUGA